ACUGCCCCGUUCUCUUAAAUGUCAGCACUCAGAACAGAGCUGCAGAACUUAUUUAGACUCUGACUCUGGAGUUCUGGAUCAUCUGGUUCAACCUAUUAAUCGUAGUUUGUUAUGGUACACAAAGACCUUUGUGAACGCAGCUGCAGUCCAUGAGAAGAAGUUCGAACCAUUAUUAAUCUGAGGAUGACUAAAGACGCAUUAGCUGUCACUGUCGUGGUCUUGUGGCUGCUCUGCAAUCCGGCGAGGAUCAGGGGAACCGGGGGAUUUCAAGGCGCCAUUCCUCACCCAAAUAAAUACAGCCCAAACCAGUCGGAACAGUCACCGCAGACGCCGCAGGCCGGUUCCAGGGGAACGGGACCGCCUUCGGUCGGGGACGAGGUGCUGGACUCCAGCCAGGAGGCUUUACACGUAACGGAGCGCCGUUACCUCAAACUCGACUGGUGUAAAACGCAGCCGCUGAAACUGAUGAUCUACGAGGACGGGUGCCAGCCGCGCACCAUCAUCAACCGCUUUUGUUACGGACAGUGCAACUCAUUCUACAUCCCUCGGCACGUUUAUCAAGAGGACAGUGCGUUUCAGUCGUGCUCCGUGUGUAAGCCGAAGAGCUUCACUACCGUUACUUACACGCUCUACUGUCCAGGACAGACUCCCAGCACGAAGAAGAAGCGCGUGCGCCGCGUCAAACAGUGCCGCUGUACUUCUGUGGACUUGGAUUAAACUCGCGGAUUUCUUUCUUUGUCGGCUACUCCUAAAAGUCGCAAAUUCAUAUACCUGAAUAACGUGGGAGAAUAACGAUUCGUUUCCUCCGCCUCUGUAUUGUGAAGACGUACAAUUGACGCAAAUGAAAUGUGUUAUAAGUUAUAAUACUAUGAAAUAGUGACAUAUUAAAAAUAUGCUUAUAUUAUUAUAUUAUUCUCCACUGUGUGGAGCAGGAUUUGCGCAUCGAUGCAAAUAGCUUAUUUUGUGGCUUGAUUUUUAUUGUAGGAUUGCAUAUUAGGCUAUGGAUGUAAAUAAUUUCCAUUCCAUCAUUUGUUUCUGGUCUUUAUGCCAUAUUGAAAUGUAAAAAAGAAUGUGGUGCCUUUUUAAUCACUUGAUGAAGAAAAUCUAGGCGAACAAACAUUACAGAAAACAAAUAAAAUGCAUGUUUUUAUAUAUUUUUUUUUUUACAAUGUUGGGUUUAUUAUAAAAGGAACAUUAUUACUGUGAUUAAAUGGCAAUACGAAGUGAUGAAGCCACAUAACUGUCAUCAAUAAAAAUAUGUGCUGUUCAUCCAAAUAAAACUAAUAGGGUAGUUUAAUAUUAUAUUAUUUCACAUUUACAUUGUCAUUGUUUUUUAUCAUUGUCAUUUAAUAUGAACAUAAAAAGUUACUCAACUUUGCUACUCUUUAUACAAAAUAAAGUUACUGCCUUUUUCAAAGUCAAAUGUUGAGACUGCUUUUUCAACCCUUAAUUGUUUAGACUGGUGAAAAUCCCAGAACAGAUUGAGCUAAAUAUAAACAUUUCUUAAAUGUUUCUCAUUUGAGCAGCAUUUUUAUCUGAAACAUGUUUUUUUGGUGAGCCAUUGGUUGUUGGAUUAUACAUUGGAAUGGGAUCAUUAUACUGACAGACAGGUUAUCAUCUUCUAUCUCUGCAGUCUUGAGUAAAAACUAUCAGACAAACAGGUGCACCUUAAUCUAACCCUGCCAAAAAUACAAGUGCGUGGGUC